AUGCAACAAAAAAUUAUUAGAGACAGAGACUUAGAGAUAGAAAAUAUUUCUGGAUAUUCUUCAGUAUCUCUAGGAGUAAUCGCAAGCGAUUAUAUCCAUGUAUCAGAUGAUGAUGUAUUUGGGUUAUAUUUCAAUAAAGCUAAAAAUCAACGAUUUUUGAUUGGUAAUGUUAAUAUGUCUUUUAAAGGUGAUGAUAUUAUUUUAUGUUUUAAAGGUAACGAUCCUAUACUACAAAAUAAGAAAAUUACAGGUACAAGAGGUUUAUGGGCAUCGUUAACAAAUAAAAAUUUAAGGAUUAAACCAGUGUACUCCUGAAUCAUGACGAUAUUAAUAUAUAUAAACAAGUAUUAAAUUUAACAGAUUCAAUAUACGAGAAAUGUAGAAUAAUUUUUAAAAUAAAACCAUUUUUCAUAAGCAGUAUCGUUAUUUAAUAGCCAGACCUCGUAUCAAAAUAAUGACAGAAAAACAAGAAAACUAAAAUCAAAUCAAGGCGAAAAAUGUAAGAGUUUGAUUUCAUCUUUCUGGGAUGAAAAGAAAAAGAAAAAAAACACUAGCUGUACAUAAAGGAUUUGGUUCAAUAAAUUAUACAGAAAACCCAAUACAAUAUAAAUACAUUGAUAUACCACAAAGUGGUAUAGAAUAUUUAAUUUAUUUUAUAGCAAGUUUACCAAAGAAAGUGAUCAGAGGAUCUGGAUUUAAUAAUUUUUUAAAUAACAAAUUUAUGCCUGAAAUGCAUUGGCCUAGUCAUAAUAAUCUUGGGCCUUUUACAAAAUCUAAGAAACCAAUAAAUAAAUUAGUUGAAGCUGUAAUGGAGCAUGAUUUUUACUAUGAAAAACAUAAAGAUACUAAAUCUAGACAUAAAGCUGAUUUAAUUUUAGAAAAUAAAGCAAGGUGGAAAAAUCCAGAAACAUCUUUAGGUGAAAAACAACUGAUUUUGCAAUUACAAAUAUAGUGAAAGUAAAAAGAAAAUUAGGAAUAGGUAUUAUUUAAAAAAAAUAUAUAUUUUAUUUAAUAAAUUAUUCCUAAUUUAAAUGAUGUACAAUUGAAAAAAAUGAAAUCUGCAGACAAUAAAAAAGUAAGUGUACCAAUUCAGUUAACAAACAAACAAAUUGGAAUAGGAAAAUAAUAUGCUUAACUUAACUUAAACUCAAAAAAAUUAAUUUAAUCUAAGAAAGAAAAAAAAGGAUUGAGACUAGAAUUGAAAUUUGAACAAAUUAAACAUGAUGGAAUUUUUCCAUUCCUUUUUGCUGUAAUAGGAGCUGCAAAUGCUUUAGCUGGGUGAGUAAAUGCAAUUGCAAAUACUAUUAUUGAAGGAAAAUAUAAGAGGAUAGUGGAAAAGGAAAAAGAACGACAUAUUUCGGAAAUGGAAAAAAUUUUUAUUCAUACUAAAAUUUUACAAAUUGGAUCUGACAUUAAAAAAAAGAAAAAUAUAUCCCGGUAAUCCUGUUACAAAAAAAGAAAACCACUUCAUUAAAUACUUUUAAUAUCAUGAAGGCUGGUAAAAAAAUUAAACAUUUUAAAGGAUGUUCUAUGAUAGAUGAAUUACCUACAGAACCUUUAAGGAAUGAAUUUAAAUUUAGAUUUAAAUAAUUCUAAUCAAAGAGGAUAACAUUGAGUUACUUGGAUAAAACAAGAAAAUUUAAACAUUUAUUUUGAUUCUUAUGGUGAUGUUAAUCCUGAAGGGUGAAAGUAUCAUAACUUUGGAAGGUGAUGAUAGUUUUCUCAAAAUUAAAUGUGCAAAAUAUAAUAUUAGUGGAAAGUAUUUAAAAAAUAAUAAUAUUGAGUAUGAUGCUAACAAUAAUGUGCAUUUUUGUUCUCUCAAAUUAAAGUAAUAAAAAAUGGUUUAUUAAUAGAUCAAAUUGAGAAUGUUGGUAGAGCAAGCAUAAUCAAAGGAUGUGUUAGUUUUUCUUUAGAUCAAAAUGGUCCAACAAUUAAUCCAGGAUUUCAAUUAAGAUUUAUAGGGGAGGUAGAUUUCAAGCUGUUGGAAACUUAUCUAAUCUCGAUUUGGGGUUUUUUUAAAGAUAUUCAAUAACCAAUUUUCAAAGGAGGAAUUGAAAUAAAUUUUAAGACAGCUAAAGACAAUGAUUCAUUGUAUAGGCCAUCUUCAGGUACUACAACACCUGCAGUUGGAAAAGUUAUUAUUGAGGAUUUUAAGAUUAUGAUUCCAUCAGUGGAAUAUAAAGAGAUGUAUAAAAUACAAUUAAUAUAUUAACAAAAUUAUCUCAACUACAUAACUAUAGGCUAAAUUUUAAAUUUUGGCAAUGUAUGGAUGAAAAAAACUUAAGCGGUAAAAUAUUCAGGAAAAAUAUCACUAGUACAUAUAUAAACAUGCAUAAUCUUUUAUUUGCUAUUGUAGUUUUCCAAACAAACAGAUUAGAGACACAGUUAAAAAAAAAAAAAAGAAAGGGCUGAUACUGGAGAUGGAAGUGGCCACUGUUGUAGGUGAGAAGUUGAGAAGAUAGGGUACAUAAGGUUUACAUUUAUAUUUGUUAGUGGCUGAGCUAGAAUAUAAAAGUUCAAGAAAACGUUUGAUAACAAACUAACGAAUUUAACUCUAAUUGGACUCGAGAAAUAUUUAUUAUUACAGAAAUAUUGAAUACAAAUCCAAUUACUUAUAAAAUUAAAGACUUAAAUAAUGAAGUCAUCGAGGAAAGUUUUCAUAACGACGAAUUGCAGAAAAUAAAAUUUUGAUGCCAGAGAAAUAACAGAUUGAAAUUGAAUUUAAAUAUUUAAAAAUUAAAAAUGUUUUAUAAAAUGGAAUCUAAAUUAAUAAUGGAGACUGGGAUGGUAUUCGAAAACUUAUAAACGAUUAUAUUGAUUGGGUAAAGGUUUAUCUUGAAAUUAAAUUAAGUGACGAUUUUUUUAUUUAGUUUAGAGAUAGAGUGAAUUGGAAAAUUAUUUUAAAAUUUCAAAUAUUAUCUGAUUAUUUAAUUUUUGAAUACAAGGAGUUUUUGAUUGGGAUAAUAUUUCUCAAUAUCAAAAAUUAUCAGAAAAACACACAAGGGCAUAUAAAGAUUAUAUGAAUUGGUUUUUAUUUCUAAAUAUUAAACGUUAUUUGAAGACUUUAUUCUUAAAUUUAAUGAUGAUGUUGAUUGGGAAUUAAUUUUAAUAGAGCAACAUUUAUCUGAGAAUUGUAUUAAAGAGAUUAAAGAUGAAAUUGAUUGGGAAUUAAUUUCAACGUGGCAAACGUUAUCAGACGACUUUAUUCUUGAAUUUAAAGAUGAUGUUGAUUGA